CUCAGAACAGUCCUAAUAACACUUGCCUAAAAAGUCAAGACGAAGAGGAUUAACAGAAUGAGCGCGUCAGUGGCCGUUUAUAGGAAUAUUUACACCGAAGAUCGCUUCAGACAAACGUAUGGUACCGAGGACAAACACAGCGGGCGCGAGAAGCUCCAUGAAAAACUCCUCAAGAAAUGCAGGUGUUCGCAGGUUUCGUGCCACAACCUGUUGAAGGAGAGAGUGCCGAUUUUCAACUGGCUUCCAAAAUACAGGCUAAAGAAAUGGAUAUUAGGAGAUGCUGUUGCGGGACUGACAGUUGGCAUUCUUCAUAUACCUCAAGGAAUGGCUUUUGCACUGUUGACAUCAGUAGCGCCCAUCUAUGGUCUGUACACUUCAUUCUUCCCUGUGGUUCUCUACAUGCUCUUUGGGACAGGCCGCCACGUCUCAACUGGUACCUUUGCUGUGGUGAGUCUGAUGACUGGCUCUGUGGUGGAGCAACUGGUGCCCACCCCUCUGGCUCUGAAUGCCAGCAGUGCCGAGGCUGCAGAGUUUGAGGCCCAGCGAAUUGGAGUGGCGUCCGCAGUAGCCCUCCUCUCAGGGAUCUUGAUGUUGGGCAUGUUCAGUCUCCAGCUAGGCUUCCUGUCCACAUAUCUGUCAGAACCCAUCGUCAAAGCCUUCACAAGUGCUGCUGCCUUCCAUGUGACUGUAUCUCAACUGCAAAGCAUGCUGGGGCUACGACUGCCCCGUUACACAGGACCCUUCUCCCUCUUCAAGACCCUGGCGUCGGUGAUGGAGAAUUUGCCCCACACCAACAUGGCGGAGCUCGUCAUCUCUCUGGUCUGCCUGGCUGUGCUGGUGCCCGUCAAAGAGGUGAACACGCGCUUCCGCCAGAGGCUGCGCACCCCCAUUCCAGUGGAAAUCCUCACUGUCAUAAUUGCAACUGGGGUGGCAUAUGGCUCCUCCCUCGACUCCAAAUAUGGUAUUCAGAUCGUGGGCCAUAUACCUGCAGGGUUCCCUCGUCCCAAUAUGCCUAAAUUGGAAGUUCUGCCAGAGAUUGCUGGGGACACAAUCGCCAUCACAUUCGUAGGCUAUGCUGUGUCUGUCUCUCUAGCAAUGAUUUACGCUGACAAGCAUGGCUACUCCAUACAGCCCAACCAGGAACUGCUGGCUCUCGGCGUCUCCAACACCGUCUCCUCUCUCUUCACCUGCUUCCCCAGCUCUGCCACUCUGGCAACCACCAACAUCCUGGAGAGCGCUGGCGGCCACACACAGCUCUCUGGCCUGUUCACCAGUCUAGUGGUGCUGAUCGUGCUGCUGCUGAUUGGACCUCUCUUCCACUUCCUGCCCAAGGCCGUGCUGGCCUGCAUCAACGUGAUCAGCCUGAGGCAAAUGUUUGUCCAGUUUCAGGACUUACCGGAGUUGUGGAGAGUGAGCAAGAUUGACUUUGUCGUGUGGCUAGUUACCUGGCUGUCAGUGGUGGUGCUGAAUGUGGAUUUGGGUCUGGCCAUUGGAGUGGUCUUCUCCAUGAUGACCGUCAUCUGUCGUACUCAGAGGGCCGGGUGCUCGGUGCUGGGGAGAGCCUCCAACACGGAGAUCUACAGACCUGUAGACAACCACAAUAAGUGCUAUGAAAUUCCAGGAGUGAAGAUCCUGACCUAUAAUGGACCCAUCUACUACGGCAACCGGAGCUUCUUCCGGGCCGACAUGAGCCGACUGCUGGGCCUGAGUCCGGAGAGGAUCCGGCGCAGGGAGAAGGCCCGGAAAGCCCUGGAGAAGAGGGAGCGCGAGUCCAUCAGCACAGUGGAAAGAGGUGUUGCAAAUACGUCUUUCUCCUCUGAAAACGAGUUCUUUAAAUCAGAGGCCUUGGAGAGCGAGGUCCAGGCCGUCCUCAUCGACUGCGGCAGCGUCAUUUUUGUGGACGUUGCAGGAGCCCGGCUGUUCAUCCAGAUGUGUAUCGAGUGUCAGAAGGUUGGAAUGAGGAUAUACCUGGCAAACUGCAAUGAGAGCGUGCUGAAGAUCUUGACCUCCAGUGGCCUGAUGAACUACAUGAGUCCUCAGCACAUCUUCGUCACCGUGCAUGACGCCAUGGUCCACAUUCAACAGCAGAAGGAGAAACCAUCAGAGAACAACACAACAAUCUGGGUGUAAGAUGCCAUUUUUGUGAGAAUGAGAAUGUAGCACCUGGGAUACCAACCGAGUCGUGGAGGGAAGAGAAGUUUCAACGGCCGGAAAUGGACGUGUUGACGGGCUUCAACAGGGUCACCAGUGGCCUGCCUUUUCUUUUGGUCAAAAUGGCCGGUGAUUAAAAAAGGCCAGGUAUAUCCCACAUGACUUGCACAGAAACCAAUCCAUUUAGAAAUUGGUUUGCUAUGUUUGUGAUGCAUCAAAGGGAAGGGUUCAUCUAUCAUGUUUUAUACUCUUACAUUCUGUAUUGUCUAAACUGAGGUUAUUGACCAUAUCUUAUGAACGUGGAGACUGCACUGAGUAUUAGCUGAGAUUUGGUAGAGCAAAAUAAAUAUACGUACUGUAUACCAACAUGUCAUAGAGGAGCAUGAUCUUGUUUUCUGCUCUCGGCACUACUAUCAAGGUAUGGUAUUCCGCUAAUAUACCAUGCUCUAUAAACAUUUGUCUCUGUGUACAAUAAUAUAAUGAAUAGAUCCAUCCAAUACAUACCACGUAAAAGCAAUACAAGAAUUUGACAAUAAAAGCUUUUUCAGACCAGUAUGCACCUGAAUGAAGUGAAGGGUCCUUACAGUAUACUUUAUGUUCUGUUGUGCUGUGCUCUCUACUUACAAGAACUGUAGGAUAUCUGCCCUCAUUAUCAGGAAGUGUGACUUGUUAACAUGGAAACCAUGACCAGUUUACCGGAGAAUAUUAGAUGUAUGCCUAAUUCCUACAAGAUAUAACCUCUCUCUUAUGCACACACAGACAUAGACCUCCCACAUGUUGGCUAUCUCAUCACAAUUACUCAAGACCUCCACUAUGAGCCAUAUGCUGGAAUGGGUGUCUGCUCUACAGCAUGGGGGCCCGCACUAUCUACUUGUUACAGUUGUUAUAUUUGAAUGUUGGCCUGGGAUAGAAAGAUAAAGAAAUAAAUUAUUUUGUACUUUGUACUCAAUACAUUUAAGAUGUACUUCUUGAUGCUGGAAAAAAUGACAUGUAUUUAUUUUUGUCAUUGAUAUAUGAAUAAUGUAUGAAUAAACAUGAAUUAUGUACACUAAC